CAAACACACACACAGAGCUCAAAGGAUUUAUUACCUUGGACAACUUGGAGGCAGCACUCAAAUAUCAGAAGAGGACAGAGCACUUUGACAAGAAGCAAGAGCGGAGCACAGAGAACUGUGAACUGAGAAGCUUCUGAAUUCUUGAGCCAUUGGACUGCAUCAAGAUGAUGAAAAAAGCCAAGGUUUUAGAUCCAACUGCUCCCGGGCAAGGCGGACUGGAAAUUCUGCCUCUCAAGAGACAAGGCAUCAAACGGAGAUCCAAGGUUCCCGGUGUUAUGAUUACACAGUACAUUGAGGAACUUCCAGAGGGGAUGACAACUCCAGACUUCACACGUAAACCCAUCGCUUUAACCAUUCAAGAAGGAAAACUAGCCAUUUUUAAAGCCAAAGUGAUUGGAAACCCAGCACCCACUGUAUCCUGGCGUAGAGCAAAAGGAGAAAUGAAUGAUCCCCAAAAGUUUCAGAACAAAUAUGACCCAACAACUAAUGAACACACUUUGGAGAUACCUAAAGUGAGCAGUGCUGAAGCUGACACUUACAAAUGCUAUGCCUCAAACGAAUAUGGAAAAGCUGUUUGCACUGUUGUCCUAAAUAUAAUUGAAGUUGGAUUCAAAAGGGACAAAGAAUUGCAAAUGGUGGAAGCAGCUCCAGCAGGUGACCCAAGAGAGUUAAGAAAGAUGCUCAGGAGAGGUGCUGGCAAAAAAGUUGAGGAGAAAAAGGAAGGUGACAUUGACGACUCUGUAUGGGAAUUGCUGCUGAGUUCUGAGAAGAAAGACUAUGAGAACAUUUGCAUCCAGUAUGGCAUCACUGAUUUCCGUGGCAUGCUGAAGAAACUGGCCCAGAUGAAGAAGGAAAGAGAAGAGGAGCAGGCACAGUUCAUCCAAUAUAUCAGUAAUCUCAAGCCCAUUGAGGUGAAAUCUGAGGAUGCUGCAACAUUUGAACUGGAAAUGGAUCUCAAAGACCCCAACAGCCGCAUUUUUCUGUAUAAGGAUGGUGUCAUGAUUCCAUUCAGCAAAGACGUUGAAGGUGAAAUUAAGCACGGUCUAAAACAAGUUGGCAAGAAGUACAUCUUCACUGUUAACGGCCUCAAUCCAGAAGAUGCCGGAAUCUAUCAAGUGGAUGUUGAGGGUGUCAAUAUCUUUUCAACGGAUUUCAAGAUUCCCCCUGUGGAGUUUGCCCUGAAGAUUAAGGAGGUGACGGCCCAAGAGAGAGAGGAUGCCAUCUUUGAGUGUGUUUUAACUCAGCCCGUUAGUAAGAUUACUUGGACCCUAAAAAAUACACCUCUCUCUAACAAUGAAAAAUAUGAGAUUACUUGUUCUGAAGAUAAACUGGUCCACCGUCUGAGAAUUAUUGAUUGUAUGCCUUUGGAUGCUGGAAUCUAUACUGCUAUAGCUGGAAUUAAGUCUAGCAGUGCUUGGCUGAUUGUAGAAGCUGACAAAGAUCCUGCAACAAAGGGAAAGAAGAAAGCCCGUAAAACCACUCAGGCAGGUGGUGGUGGUGAAGAUUUGCUGAAGAUAGCUGCUGAGCAGGCAGAGAAAAACAAGAAGGAGAUAGCAGAAGCUUUGGAGGCUGCUAAGAAACUCCGGGCUGAAAGAGAGGCAUUAGAAGCUGAAGCUAAAGCCAGAGCUGCUGCUGAAGCCGAAGCGGCAAAAGCGGCAGCUCAAGCGGCAACAGCUGCUGCAGCCGCGGCUGCUACUAAAGCUGCGCAGGAUGCACUUGCCGCAGCUAAAGCCAAAGGUAAAUCUGAGCCUGAAGCUAAAGCUGCAGCAGAAGCAGCUGCUCGGGCUGCAGCAGCUAAAGCCAAGGCCAGUGCUGAGGAGGAGGCCAGGAAGCAGGCUGAACUCAAGGCCUUAAGUGAAGGUCUGAGUGCUGAGGAAGCUGCCGCGGCAGGAGCUGCAGCAGCUGCUGCGAUGAAUGCACAGGCAGCUGCUGCGGCAGCAAGUCUUGGGAAGGCUGGUGCUGCAGGUGGUGCUGCAGCGGCGGUAGGAGCAGUAUUUGCUGCAGGAGCUACCGGUACUGGAGAAGCUGGUGGAGCUGGUGGAGCUGGAGGAGCUGGAGGAGCUGGUGGAGCUGGGGGAGCUGGGGGAGCUGGAGGAGCUGGUGGAGCUGGUGGAGCUGGAGGAGCUGAUGGAGCCGGAGGUGCUGGUGGAGCCGGAGGGGCUGAUGGAGCAGGAGGUGCUGGUGGAACCGGAGGGGCUGAUGGAGCAGGAGGUGCUGGUGGAGCCGGAGGAGCUGAUGGAGCUGGAGGUGCUGGUGGAGCCGGAGGAGCUGAUGGAGCCGGAGGAGCCGGAGCUGCUGGUGGGGCCGGAGGAGCUGAUGGUUCUGGAGGAAGCGGUGGUGAGGGAGGAGAUGGAGGAGAUGGAGGAGACAAGAAGCGUCAAAAAGCAGGACCUCUUGUACCAGAGACUGUUGUAGGAAACUCAAACACUCCCAGCACAGUUCCAGAUGUGUGCAUAGAAGGGGAAGCCGAGGGCCGUUCUCGUGUCAGACAAGGCCCACUGAUACCAGACACAGUCACUGGUGGAGGUAACCCAUCAGAUAAAGAAAAACCAGCAGGGUCUGGCAAACCAUCAGGUUCUGGCAAACCAUCAGGUUCUGGGAAUCCAUCAGGUUCCGGUAAUCCAUCCGGUUCAGGAAACCCGUCAGGUUCUGACAACCCUUCAGGUUCCGGUAACCCGUCUGGGUCCGGUGGUGCUUCAGGUUCUGGGGACCCACCAGGCCCAGGGAAGCCGCCAGGUCCCCGAGGCCCAUCAGAGGGCAGCACUGAAGCCACAGAAGAAGAAAAAGGAGCUGAAGAUGAAAAGGACGAGUCAGCUAAAUCUGGCAAGCGUUCAGGUCGUAAAAAGCAAGACCCAAAGGUUCCAGAGACAGCUGUUGAUCCUGGUGUUCACUUUUCUGCUGGGCUGGAAGACUGCAAAGCUAUUGUGGGAGAGGCAGUUGAACUGGUGUGCAAACUUAGCAGUGCUGAAUGUAAAGGUGUCUGGUCCAAAGAUGGCGAUGAGAUUACUGCCUCCACUGAGGGUAUGACUAUCAGUAAAGACGGAGUGGUCCACAAACUGAAAAUUGAUAAAGUAACAGAAGAAUUUGCUGGAAAAUAUCGAUUUGAGGCUGAUGGGCGUAAAACCGAAUGUGUGAUUGCUGUUGAAGAUCCACCAAGAUUCAGUGCCAAGGAAAUUGAAGCAUUUGCAAAACCGACUGUGGUCAAACACAAUCAGAAAGCCACCUUCAAAAUUCCAUUUGUUGGCCGUGAGCCAUUCAAAGUCCAGUGGUAUAAAGAUGGUGAAGAGCUCAUGCCAGACUCUCACUGCAAGAUUGAGGUUUCAGAGACUGAAAGCCGCCUGCUUCUCACCAAAUUACAGCGUAAAGACACUGGGGAAAUAAAAAUCAAAGUCAAAAAUGAGUUUGGCACAACUGAAGCCAUUUCUAAUCUAGUUGUACUUGAUAAACCUACCCCCCCACUUGGACCACUGGAGAUCGUUGAAGCAUCUUCCAACUGCAUUGAGGUCAAGUGGAGACCACCAAAAGACAAUGGUGGUUGCCCUAUUAAACAUUACAUACUUGAGCGUAACCAAAUUGGACGCAACACAUGGAAAAAGAUAGGCCAGAUCCCAGGUGAAGCCCACUACAAAGACAGUGAUGUUGACCAUGGCAGAAGAUACUGUUACCGUAUCAGAGCCGAGACUGAUGAGGGCAUCAGUGAACUGAUGGAGACUGAGGAUGUGCAAGCUGGCACUAAAGCAUAUCCUGGUCAGCCAUCUACUCCUAAAGUAGUCAGUGCCUUUAAAAACUGCAUUAACCUGACAUGGACCCCUCCGACCAACACUGGAGGAACCAAUAUUUUGGGUUAUAACUUAGAGAAACGCAAGAAGGGCAGCAACUUGUGGGGCCAAGUCAAUCCAGCAGAUCAGCCAAUCCAAGCAAAGAAAUAUGAAGUAAAAGAUGUAGUUGAAGGAAUGGAGUACGAGUUCCGUGUAUCUGCCAUCAACAUAUCUGGAGCUGGUGAACCAAGUAUCUCCUCAGAAUUUGUGUUUGCGAGAGACCCCAAAAAACCCCCUGGUAAGGUCAUUGACCUUAAAGUGACAGACUCCACCUACACUACCUUGUCCUUGACUUGGACUAAACCAAAAGAAGAGCCUGGUGUUCAGGAUGAGGCCAAGGGAUACUUUGUUGAUGUCAGGCCUGCUGAGAACACAGAAUGGGAUCGAUGCAAUACAAAUGCCAUCAUCAUGACCUCCUAUACUGUAAAGGGACUGAAAUCAAUGGCCAUGUAUUGGGUUAGAGUUAUCGCCGUCAACGAUGGUGGAGAGGGUCAGCCACGGGAGCUGGACAACUACAUCUUGGCUAUGCCUCCUCCAGUGAGACCGAGAUUCACAGAUUCUAAGAUCAAGAGCUUCAUGGUGGUCAGAGCUGGUAAUUCUGCACGAUUCACCGUCAACUUUGAGGCUUCCCCGUGGCCUGAUGUCAUCUGGCUUAAAGAUGGUAUCCCUGUGUCCAAACGUGUCACUAUAAGCAAUGCUGAGGGAGGCUCUCAGAUCCUGAUCCCAUCUGCAGAUCGCUCCGAUACAGGAAUCUAUACUAUUGUAGUCAAGAACGUUGUGGGACAAGAGACCUUCAGUAUUGAGAUUAGAGUUACAGACGAGCCAAAGCCCCCAGGCCCCGUAGAGCUGGAUGAGAACGUUCCAGGCACAGUGACAGUUUCCUGGGAAGCAUCCCCAGACGAGAAACGCGAUGAUCGCCUGUAUUACAUGGUGAGCAAGAGAGACUCCAGCAAGAGGACCUGGCACACUGUAGCUGACCGUAUCUUCAACAAUCGUUUCACGGCCUGUAACAUCAUGCCAGGGAGAGAAUACCAGUUCCGUGUGUACUCCAAAAAUGACAUUGGCCUGUCUGCCCAUUCGGAGUCACCAAAAUGGCUUAUCACAUGCAAGAAAGAAAAAUUCACACUGAAGAUCCCAGAGUCAAAGACCUGCAACUUGGAGAGUCCUCCGAGGUUUAUGGUCCCCCUGAAAAUCCACACAGCCCCGCAAGGCUACGAGUGCUACAUGAGCUGUGCCGUGAGGGGCAACCCCACACCCCAUGUCACCUGGUACCACAACAACGUCAGCCUCAACACUGACACCAACUACUACAUCACUAACACCUGUGGAGUGUGCUCCAUGCUCAUUCUCAGGGUUGGAGCCAACAACAUGGGAGAGUAUAAAGUCAUGGCUGAGAGCCCGCUGGGAAGAGCAGAGUGCACCACCAAUCUCACAGUGAGAGAAUAAAACCUUGACAUGGGGAGGAUGUCAAAACGUUGUUUUUUGGAUUUUAGGCCAUUUGUAGAGCUACAGCAUUGAGUAUUUUUUGCAGAAAGAUGGCUCGUGAAAACGUUACACAAUGUGGUCUUAUGAGACAAAAAAAUGGUAGAAUCAAAUGCAUGUGAAAAACUUCAUAUAGUUUUACUGUGUUAAAUAGCACAAAAAUCUUAAAACAUGAAGAAGAAAAAAAACCUCUGAACGGUAACGCUUGGGUGGCUGAUGCUUAAUAUGCCAUGCUUACCUAAUCCUGUUUGGCAAUGAUUUUACUUCAGCUUAGUUCAGGUUUGGUGGUUAUUGUUCUUGUACGCUAUUUGUUAAUUUAUUUAUUCUUGGCUUUUGUGUACGUAUGCUGCUAUUUCACACUUUCACAAAUUCAAUUACAAAAAAAAAAAAAAAAAAAAGUGUAAAGUGCUGAUUUCUUGCAUCCAUUUUUUCUUUUUGCUUGUCUGUAAACACUAAAGUGUAAAAGAAGCUUUUGCUUCUUCAGAUAUGUUUUAUCAGCAAUAUACAGUGGUUUGGUGUAAAUAAAAAAAUUAUUCCGGUUCUUUGAACAGUG